GUGAACAUACAAGAUAACCGAAAAUCGUUUAUUUAAAAUAAAUAUGUAAUAGUAAAAAGUAGUCUAUAGCGAGUAUAAUUAAUUUAAAAUUGUUACCAAUAUUAAAUAGACCAUAGUAUAAUGUUCCGGCUGCUUAAUAGUUGGAAGAAAUUUUAAAUUUAUCUAAAUAUGCAUAGAAGGGUAGUUGUUACUGGAAUUGGAGUCUUAUCUCCUAUGGGCAUCAGUCUGAAAGAGUCAUGGACGAAUAUUAUUUUGGGAAAAUGUGGCAUAACUAAACUCCAAAGCCCCGAAUAUGAACAUUUGCCUUGUAAAGUAGCGGGAUUUGUAAAAGACAACGGUGUGGAAUUUCAGCUUUCUGAACACUUCAAAAAGACUGAAUUAAAAACUAUGGCACCUGCAACAGGAUACGCCUUAUUAGCUGCCAAGCAAGCUUUACAAGAUGCGAACUUACUAAAUAUGACCGACGACAUGAAAGAAAAUACUGGGGUUGCAGUCGGCAUGGGAAUGGUAGAUCUUGGAGAUAUUUGUCGCACUUACGAUGCUUUAAAGAAAGGUUACCAUCACGUUAGUCCUUUCUUUGUACCUAGAAUAUUACCCAACAUGGCCGCUGGAAAUAUUAGUAUUAAGUAUGGAUUUCAGGGACCUAAUCAUGCAGUUUCUACAGCUUGUGCUACAGGAGCACAUGCCAUUGGGGAUUCCUUUCGGUUUAUCAAAAAUGGCUAUGCCAAUGUUAUGGUAUGUGGUGGUACUGAGGCGUGCAUAUCUCCAUUGUCUAUAGCUGCAUUUUGUAGAUUGAGGGCGUUAAGUACUUCCUUCAAUGACAUGCCAGAGAAAGCAUCUAGACCUUUCGAUAAAGAUAGAGAAGGCUUUGUUAUGGGUGAAGGCAGUGCAAUAUUAAUUUUAGAAGAAUUGCAGCAAGCCCUAGGUCGAGGAGCUCAUAUUUACGCAGAGAUUUUGGGUUAUGGAUUAUCUGGAGAUGCCUCGCACCUUACAGCUCCACACUCGGAUGGUAUCGGGGCGUUACUUGCAAUGCGGAGAGCAAUACAAGAUGCGAAAAUCAAAUUGGAUGAAAUAACGUACAUAAAUGCACACGCUACUUCUACUCCGUUAGGCGACGCCAUUGAAACAAAAGCAAUAAAAAAGUUGUUUGGCAGUCAUUGCAGUAACAUUGCUGUUUCUUCCACCAAGGGGGCGCACGGUCACUUAUUGGGAGCUGCGGGGAAUUUAGAAGCAGUUUUCACGGUAAAGGCGGUGGAGGAUGGGAUAUUGCCCCCUACGAUUAACUUGGAAAUGAUAGAAGACAGAGAAAUUAAUUUUGUCCCUGUUAAUAGUCAAGAGUGGAAAAAAUGUGAUAAGAGGAUAGCUUUAAAGAACGCUUUUGGUUUUGGGGGGACCAACGCCUGUUUAUGUAUAUCGCAGUUUAUAGAAUAAAGGUGUUUUAGUUUUAAAUAUAUAUUUUUUGCAUUUUGA